AUGACAAGCAAAAAUUUGAUUAUCGGAGAGACCAUAAUGAGUCUUCUCCUAAAGCUAGACACAUUUAGGAAAUUGGUGGUAAAAGAGCUUCUCGGUUUACAAGAGAAGCUUGAUUCGUUAACAUUUGUAAAAUCUGAAACCCUAAGUGAAACUAUAGAAGAAUCUCAAGAAGAUGAUGGUGGAAAAAUUAGAAAUACCGCUCUUGAGCCACAAGUGGAAUCGCAAAAUGAAGAAAAUAUCGGCGGGCUUAACAAUGAUCACGAAGUCGAAGCUGCAGAUCCUAUACACGAUUUAAAGUCGGAGCAACUGGUUGAACAGAUCUCUGGCGAGCUUAAUAAAGACCAUGUUCAAGCUCAAUCUCGUAGCAACGAUGAGGCUGUGAAGCUACUCUGA